AUGUCGAAUGAUCGUGAACACCGUCAGUCACCACCAGAUUUUGCUGAUGAGGAUACAAAAGAUGAUGAUCAAAUGUUUAAAUCAGCAGCAUUACCUGUAACUGACGAUAUUCCAUUAAGUGGAGAAGAUGAUGAUGAUGAUAAUCCAUUUGGUGAACCAUCAGUACAAAAAAAAAUUCCAACAUAUAUUAAUGAAUUAUCUACAAAUAAUGAAACACCAUCCGAUGUUCCACCGGUAACACCUAAUGUGGUAUUGGAACCACAGUUAUCAACACCAGUAAAACAAGAUAAUGAAUUAUCUUCAAGAGGUUCAAGUGUUAGUUCAUCAGAAAUAAGUACAUCGGCAACACAACCUGUUCAAUCAACAGCAUCAUUAGAAAGUCAAUCUUCAACAUCGGCACAAGUAUCUAAACCUAUAGCUAGUGGAACUACUGGUAUAACAACAAACAUGAAACCAACACAAAAAAGAUCUGAUGAACAUAAUAUUGAAAUUGCUGUUAGUGAUCCUACAAAAGUUGGAGAAGGCAUGUCAUCAUAUAUGACAUAUCGUAUAACAACCAAAACAUCAUUAGCAAUGUUUAAAAAAAAUGAAUUCUCUGUUAAUCGUCGUUUUAGUGAUUUUCUUGGUUUACAUGAUAAACUUGUUCAUAAACAUCUUCCAUUAGGUGUUAUUAUUCCCUCACCACCUGAAAAAGAUACAUUAGUUAUGGCUAAAGUUAAAAUAUCUAAAGAAGAAGCAAUUCCAACAGAUUUUAUUGAUCGUCGUCGUUCACAAUUAGAACGUUAUUUAAAUCGUUUAGCACGACAUGAAAAAUUAGUUCAAGAUCCAGAUUUUCGUGAAUUUAUUGAAAUGCCUACUGAAUUACCUAAAUCAACAAGUACUCAAGCAUUCAGUAGCGCAGGUGUUUUACGUGCAUUAACAAAUAUUUCACAACAAGUUACAAAAUUAACAACUAAAACAAGUGAACAAGAUCAAUGGUUUGAUGAAAAACAUACAUUUAUAGUUGAUUUACAUACAAAUUUAAAACAUUUAUAUAAUCAUUUUAAUACAUUAUUUAAUCAACGUAAAGAAUCUGCACAAGCGUUAAAAAGUUUAUCAACAUCAUUAAAUCAUUUAGCAACUAUUGAAGAACAUACAUUAUUAUCAAGUGCUUUAAUUGAAUUAGCUAAUGUUCAAGAUAAAAUUGAACAAAUUAAUAUUGAUCAUUCAAUAAAAGAAUAUACAAUUAUAAGUGAAUUAAUUAAAGAAUAUAUAUCAUUAUUAGAUAUGGUACAAUUAGCAUUUCAAGAACGUAUUAAAAUUCAUCAACAGUGGUUAAAUGCUGAAGAUACAUUAAGAAAAAAACGUGAAACAAAAACAAAAUUAGAACAAACACCAAAAGGUGCUGAUAAAUUACCACAAGUUGAAAUGGAAAUUAAUGAAUGGGAAGGAAAAGUAACACGUAAUAAAGAAGAUUUUGAACGUAUAUCAAUAUCAAUUCGAGAAGAAUUAGAUGUUUUUGAACAAACACGUAUUGAUGAUUUUAAAAAAGCUAUUGAAAUUUAUUUAAAACAAUUAUUAGAACAACAAGAAAAAAUUUUAGAAAUUUGGGAAAUGUAUUUACCGGAAGCAAAUAAAAUUAAUAUAUAA